GUCAAGCCGCGAGAGGAGGGAGUGGCAAAGCUUAGGGAAGCCGCUCUGGGCUACCUGGGAUUUCCCAGAGUCGCCAAGUCCCACUUUGAGGAUGGAGCUAUCCCGGGGAGCCAGCGCCCCGGACCCGGACGAUGUCGGGCCUCUCAAACCGUGUCUGCUUCGCCGCAACCACAGCCGUGAGCAGCACGGCGUGGCAGCCUCCAGUCUCGAGGAGCUGAGGAGCAAAGCCUGUGAACUUCUGGCCAUCGAUAAGUCCCUGACACCAGUCACCCUGGUCCUGGCAGAGGAUGGGACCAUAGUGGACGAUGAGGACUAUUUCCUCUGUCUCCCUUCCAACACAAAGUUUGUGGCACUGGCCUGCAACGAGAAGUGGGCAUACAACGACUCGGAUGGAGGAACAGCUUGGCUUUCCCAAGAGUCCUUUGACACAGAUCAAACGGACAGUGGGGCAGGGGUGAAGUGGAAGAAUGUGGCCAGGCAGCUGAAAGAGGAUCUGUCCAGCAUCAUCCUGCUGUCAGAAGAGGAGCUCCAAGCACUCAUCGACAUCCCCUGUGCAGAGCUGGCGCAGGAACUCUGCCAGAGUUGUGCCACUGUCCAGGGGCUGCAGAGCACGCUCCAGCAGGUGCUUGACCAGAGAGAGGAAGCACGCCAGUCCAAGCAGCUCCUGGAACUUUAUCUCCAGGCCUUGGAGAAAGAGGGCAGCAUCUUGUCCAACCAGAACGAGUCCAAAGCUGCCCUUGGGGAAGAGCUGGAUGCAGUUGACACCGGCGUCGGCGGAGAGGUGGCUUCAGAAGUGAUGCUGAGAAGCCAGAUCCUCGCAGCCCUGAAGGAGAAGCCGGCUCCAGAGCUGAGUCUGUCUAGUCAGGAUUUAGAGGUGGGCAAGAACUAGGAACCCAGAACUGCAGAAUGACUUCCUUGGAAGUAGAGUUUGGAGGUGCAGACGCACGUAUGUGGAUUCCCUUCCCCUCGCUGACUCACAGCUGCCAGUUUGCCUUUAAACACAGCCAAAGCAUUUGCAAACAUCUCACUUAAUGUAAAGUCCAACUGGCCUUUUCCAGGGGGAAAGAGGCAGGGUCUCUCCGUGUAGCCCUAGCUGUCCUGGAACUUGCUCUGUAGACCAGGCUGGCCUUGAGAUCUGCCCGCCUCUGCCUCCCGAGUGCUGGGAUUAAAGGUCUGUGCCACCAACGAUCAGCUCCAAAUGACCUUUAAAAGAAAAGGGAUGCGUAUCCUCGGGUCAUCAAACAUUAGUCCUUUGUUCAAAUUGGGAGGAACUGCGGGCCGAAGCUUCUGAGGUGACUUCAAGGUAAAAGAGUCAAAGACCCAUGAGUCUGUACUUAAGGCUGUGGCUGAAGAUCAGCACUGGGCCAACAGUCACAAGGCACACCCUGUACAGAGUACCAAGUACCUCCCGGCCCUAGACAGAAGGGAAGGGAAUUAGAUUAACUUGAGCUUAAUUCAGUUCCUGUUGUGCUUGGGGGACUUUAAAUCGAUGUGAGUGUCAUGAAAGGCACAUCAUAGCCAGGUGGUGGUGCACGCAGCUUUAGUCCCAGCACUCAGGAGGCAGGGCAGGCUGAUCUCUGAGUUUGAGGCCAGCCUGGUCCACAGAAUGAGUUCCAGGACAGCCAGGGCUACACAGAGAAACCCAGUAUUGAAAAAAAAACCAAAGGAAAGAGAGGAGUGGGAAGGCAGGCAGGCAGGCACAUCCUAGUGCAUCCCAGGCCGGCCCGGGCCGCAGUCCGGCCCCGUCUCUAAAAGAGGAGAAAGCAGCCCAGAGAGGGGCGCAGAGCUGCCGUCUCAGUGGUUCUUCUUCUUGCUGCAGUCGGUCUCCAAGGAGGACCCCAAAGCCCUGGCUGUCGCUCUGAGCUGGGACAUAAAGAAGGCAGAGACAGUCCAGCAGGCCUGUACCACGGAGCUCGCCCUGCGCCUGCAGCAAGUGCAGAGCUUGCACUCACUCAGGAAUCUUUCUGCAAAGAGGAAGCCACUGCCUGGGGACCCGCAGAGUCCCAAACGGGCCAAAGUGUGAGACUUCUCAUAGCCAAACCGGACAAGCUUUGCAGAGGAGAACCUCGGUUCUGAGGUCCGUAAACACCUGUCUGUGACCUUGUGACCUCGUGACCUCGUUCCCACCCGCACUCCCUCCACCUCCCGCCCUGCGGUGAGCUCUCCUCGCUCCAGAAAAGCUGUUCCCUGUCUGUGCAUACCCCUCUACCUCCUUUCAAUGUCCUGGGUUUUCGUUCUGUUUUCUUACCUGUGUGGGUGUGUUGCCUGCACGUAUAUCUGUAUCCCUCAUGCCCAUGAAGGCCAGAAGAGAGUGUCGGGUCCCUUGGAGCUGGAGUAACAGACAGCUCUCAGCAGCCGUGUGGGUGCUGGGAAUCGACUCUGGGUCCUCUGGAAGUGGGGCCGGUGCUCUUAGCCCCUGAGCCAUCUCCAGCUCCCAGAAUGCACUUAUCGUGUGCUGGCCUUAGGUUAAGUGAAAGUACCCGUCUAGGGCAAUGAAAACCUGUCAUACUUUGGACUCGAUGUCCUUACUCUACAACUUGAACAAUAGAGCGUUAGACACAGUGGUAGAAAAAAGGCACCCAACAGCAGCAGUGGUGGCCAUGAACUUCCUUCUCAAGUUAAUGAAUGCAGUUGCUGUCCGCUUAAAGGCACAUACUGAGUCUGCAGACCCCAGGGACAUGGAGUCUAAGCCCCCAUUUCUAAUAUCUGACUCAGUGUUGUGAAGCUGUUACCGCUGUGAGACUCCAGUCCAUUUUCUAAUAUGUUUUGCCAGCAGGGGGUAGAAAGGAUCAUUGAGUCCCAUGCUCUGCGACUCAGGUUUCUCUCUGCAGAUCAGGUCACUUCCAGCUUUUCUCUGCUGUUUCUGCUCAGAGUUCUACACCUUCUGCAAUCGACAGUGCUGUCUGCCUUCAGGGAACGGACACCUAGUUACGGGUCAUCUGACUUUCAUGCGUGCUGGGAAGAAGAAGAGGGUCUCUAGCUCUCGUCUUUUUUUUUCGUGUGUGUGUGUGUGUGUGUGUGUGUGUGUGUGUGUGUGUGUGUGUGCGUGUGUUUUCUGGGUACUGGGAAUUGAACUAAGAUUUUAUUCAUAGACACUGAGCUCGUGCCCCCUAAUGAACCACACCCCAGCCUCACGUUGACAAAGAAAUAUAGCAUUAAGUCUUGGGGUAAAGGUGGGGUGCACGAAGCAAAUAAAAGUAAUUGUGUCCUUGCCUACAGGGGGGGCCUGGUGCAACUUUCAGAUCUUGUAGUGCCUGACAGCACCAGUUCCAAAUGUUGGCAUCAAAGCUCUUCCCACAUCUUUGUGGUGCCUCUCAGUCCCUGAAUAAAAGCCAUUGCUGAUCAUCCAUCA